AUGGACAAUAUUACGUGGCUGGCCAACCAUACUAGAGGGUCCAAUUUCAUCCUGUUGGGAUUCUUCAGUCAAUCCAAACACCCAGUUCUUCUCUCUGUGGUCAUUUUUGUGAUUUUCCUGAUGGCUUUAUCUGGAAAUGCCAUCCUGGUCCUUCUGAUACACUCUAAUGCCAACCUCCACACUCCCAUGUACUUUUUCAUCAGCCAAUUGUCUCUCAUGGAUAUAAUGUACAUUUCUGUCACUGUGCCCAAGAUGCUUAUGGACCAGGUCAUAGGUGUCAAAAAUAUUUCAAUUCCUGAAUGUGGAAUACAAAUGUUCCUUUACUUGACACUAGUAGGAUCAGAAUUCUUCCUUCUAGCUGCCAUGGCCUAUGAUCGAUACAUGGCAAUCUGCCAUCCACUGCGUUACCCUGUUCUUAUGAAUCGCAGAAUAUGUCUUCUCCUGGCAUCUGGCUGCUGGUUUUUGGGCUCAGUGGAUGGCUUCAUGCUCACUCCCAUCACCAUGACCUUCCCUUUCUGCAGAUCUAGGGAGAUCCAUCAUUUCUUCUGUGAGGUACCUGCUAUAAUGAAGCUCUCUUGCUCUGACAUCUCACUCAUUGAGACACUCAUGUACCUGUGCUGUGUCCUCAUGCUCCUCAUCCCUGUGACAGUCAUUUCAAGCUCCUAUUCUUUCAUUCUAAUCACCAUCCACAGGAUGAACUCAGCAGAGGGCCGAAAGAAGGCUUUUGCCACCUGUUCCUCCCAUAUGACUGUGGUCAUCCUAUUCUAUGGGGCUGCCAUCUACACUUAUAUGAUCCCCAGCUCCUACCACACCCCAGAGAAGGACAUGGUAGUAUCUUUCUUUUAUACCAUUCUCACUCCUGUUCUAAACCCUUUAAUUUAUAGUCUCAGGAAUAAAGAUGUCACAGGGGCUCUGAAGAAAAUGUUGAAUGUGGGACCAGUCUUUCAAGAAAGUAUAAAGUAA